AUGGAUAUGGAUUUAAAAAAAUAUAUAAAAGAAAAUCAUAAUCAAAUUACAUGGAAACAAAAAAACUAUAUGGUUUGUAAAAUAAUUAAAGCAAUUUGUAAACUUCAUAAAGAAAAUAUUUUUCAUAAAGAUUUACAUUCCGGAAACGUAUUGUAUUUGGAAGAAUUUAGUGGUUGGUACAUUAGUGAUUUAGAAUUUUGUGAUCCUGCUAAUAAACCAUCAGGAAGUAUAUAUGGAAAUCUUCCUUAUGUAGCACCCGAAGUUAUACUUGGAAAAGGAUAUACUUUUGCAUCAGAUAUUUAUAGUAUCGGUAUGCUUAUGUGGGAAAUUUCAUCUGGACAACCGCUCAUCGAUUUAUAA